GUUGAUUGAUGCUGUAUUCACUGCGGAGGAGAUGGAGCACCUGGUCUUGGCACGGGUUGAAGCAGGAUUGGGUCUCUUCGAAUACACUACCGGAGUAGUCUGGACGAGCCUCUGGGUCCACGAGGGUGUUCGGUAGUAGUGUAAGUCCAAGGUUGAUUUUGAUAUGGACCCGGGCAGAAAGAAUUCGUCCCCCCCAGAAAUCUCACUUGAUAUAAGUAACCUCGAGAUGUCCGGCCAAGAGCUAUUCCUGCUCUCAUUACUUUCACCUCAUCAACCUUUCCAACUCCUUUGUUCAUUACACUCUUUCAAGCAGGCUUGAACUAUUUCUUCAUUCUCUCAAGUAGACAAGCCUUUUUCUCUCUCUAUCUUCCAACCCGCCUUCUCUUACACCAACACCACCAACAACCCACUCAACCACACUCACAAUGAAGUACUCUUUCGCCAUCGCCCUCAGCACCCUCGUGCUCGGCAUCACCGCCGCCCCCGCGGCCAACGUCGCCGCCCAGGGCAACGCCAUCGCCCACGCUGAGCGCGGCUACUUCGACUUCCUCCACGCCGCCCGCGCCGAGAACCCUACCAAGACCAAGUCCUCCAAGGCGGCCAAGAAGACCAAGCACGCCACCAAGACCCGUCACGGCGGCUCCAUCAUCACCUCCGCCCCCGGCGCCCCCGGCAACGGCACCAACAGCCAGUUCGAGAUCCGCGCCAGCAACGGCACCGCCGCUGCCGGCCUCCCCGCCUCUUCCGGUACCUCGGUUCUCAAGGCCGCCCAGACUGUCGCCGCUGGCGCCUCCUUCGAUGGUGGCAUGAAGGCUUUCGACCGCGGUGUCUCCUGCACUGGCCAGGCUGAGGGUGGCGACUCUGACGCCGUCUUCAUCCUCGAGAAGGGCGCUACGCUCUCCAACGUCAUUAUCGGACCCAACCAGAUCGAGGGCGUCCACUGCAACGGUGGCUGCACUCUCAACAAUGUCUGGUGGUCUGCCGUCUGCGAGGACGCCUUCACUAUCAAGAACCAGGAUGCCGGCGAGACCACCACCAUCACCUCUGGCGGCGCCUUCGGGGCCGAUGACAAGGUUCUUCAGCACAACGGUGCCGGUACCCUCUCCGUCAGCGGAUUCACCGUCGAGACCUUUGGCAAGCUGUACCGCAGCUGCGGCAACUGCAAGUCCAUGUACGAGCGUCACAUCAUCCUCGACAACAUCAACGCCUCCUCUGGAAAGCUCCUUGCUGGUAUCAACUCCAACUACGGUGACACUGCCACCUUUACCAACAUUGUCGCCAAGAGUGUCAAGGAGAUCUGCACUGAGUUCAAGGGCACCACCCCCGGCAACGAGCCCACCGAGAUCUCCAGCGGCCCCUCUACUUACUGCAAGUACGCCACCUCUGACAUCCAGAGCUCCUAA